AAAAAAAUCCGAUACAAGGAAUCUAUGCCUGCUUGUGAAUCGGUUGCAGCCUUGGAGUCUGUCUGGGAUCACAUCCCCUUGUCGCUGCUCUGCUUCUUGAUCGCCUCAAGCUUGGACAGAAUGUUCGGAGGCGGUAGUACUGCCCUUAGUGAUCUGUUGUCGGUCGGGCUCAUUAGCCUCAUAGGGAGUAGAUACGGAAAGGGUCGCUUCUUGUGGAUCUUUGCUCCGCUGCCCCUUUGCGGGUACUGCACUACCGGUCUAAUAGGCGUCAAUGGCGGUGUAGUUCCUGCAGGUGUUGAAUAUUUCAUAUUUAGAUAUCGCCUGAGAGAGGUUGAUUUGAGAAUGUUCUGCACCGUCCAUGAAAGCUAAACAUAUACAAGAGCUUCCUUAGUUAAUAAGCACGGCGGCAUCCUAUAUCCACACGUGUUUUGGCACUGCUGGUCGGGGGCAUGAUGUUUCAGCAUGUAUUUCAUAAUUCUUUUUUACUUUUCCAUACCCUUCCACUCACAAACAGGAUCUCUGAAAGAAAGAAAAAAACAAGACGUGAGGGAGGAG